AUGAACGCAUCACCUUGCGUACCGAAAUCAUCGUCUUUAUUGAACUCGCGCGCGACGCGUUUACUGUCUUCUUUUGAUCGCAAAACGUCGUCGCAUUCAUCCCAAAAGAAGAUGAUGACGACGACGCGGAGUUUCGUCGUGAAGGCGACGAAAGACGUUGGAAGAGUUGCGACGACGACGACGACGACGACGAACAGACGCGAAAUAAUAAUGACCAUCGCCACCUCUGUGGUGGCUUUGAAUACCACUACUAAUAAGGCGUACGCGAGUGAAUCUCUCGGAAAUGUCAACGUCGGGGAUAAAGCGCCGGAGUUUACGCUUCCAGCCACUGGUGGAGGGACAAUCGCCCUCUCAGAUAUUUUAGCCGAAAACGACUACGCGGUGGUGUAUUUUUACAACCAAGACGGAUCGACCGGGUGUUCGAUCGAAGCGGAGAGGUUUAACCAAGCGCAAGAGCAGUUUAAAGCGAAGAAAGCGAGAGUUUUAGGCGUUUCGAUGGACUCGAUCGAAUCGCACGAAGGCUUUUGCGAUAAGAAAGGCUUGACGUUUUCGUUAUUGUCGGACGGCGACGGCGCCGUGUCGAAAGCGUACGGCGCGGAGUUAACUUUACCAAUCUUCGGGAAGUUUUCGGACCGACAAACGUUUUUAGUCGGGAAAGACGGUUUGGUCAAAGCGAAAUGGAAAGAAAUGGGCGCUAAAGUGGACGAGGAGAAGAUGGCCUCAGUCAAAAGUACCGCGCACGUCGAGCAAGUUUUAGCCAAAAUGUGA